AUGGCAGGACAGGACUCUCAGGAUCAACUUCUGGGAGGAUUCACUGAGAAGGUAUCGGUUCCUGAAGAGUGCUAUGGUCCCAGGGGAAACCUUCGUCUAUGCGCGGAUGCCCUGAAGGAACAGGCUAUCCUCAUGCAAGUCCACGACCAAGUCAUGCAUCGUCUCCAGCAGUCAGGAUACAGCGGCAUGCUCCCUAAUUUAGAGUUGAAGCUGUUGCAGUACGCUACCCAAGUGGUUGCAGGUGUCAAUCACGAUAUGUGGGUUCAGCUGCUACCCCAUGAACAGAUCGUCAAGAUUCGUGUCUACCAACCAUUAUCUCCCGCGGAAGAUUGCCAAGGCGCCAGGGAGAUGUAG